GUGGGUUUUGCCUCGAUCGUGUCACAAUCUGUACUUGGUUUCGGCAGUUCACUACACAUAAACACGCAAGUUACGAAAGACUUGGAAAAAGUGAAGUUGACAGUCUAACUCUUGCGAAAAGUAAUCACAAAAUCGUCUACUUUGUAUGAGGCUCGGAUAGAAAGUUUCCGAUUCGGUUAAUUAGCGUAAUUGACGAAAUCAUUUCUCCUAAUUCAAAAACAAAAGUUGGCUUAAGCAAUGGCUACGUCGUCAUCAGUGAUAAUACUAGUCUUUACAAUGGCGAUCUUGAGCUGCGGUAUGGCGCAAGAAAUUUUAAAAAUCUGGCGAGAUUCGACUGUUUCGAAUGACGAUAUUACAGUACCACAUUCUCAGUGCAAUAGAACACAACAGCAAUGUGACAGAUACAACGCUAAACACCUUACAGAAUGUUUGUGCUACUGUGAAGAAAGAGGAGGACAAGAGACGGCGUUUUGGGAGCCUAGUUCGACUUGUAUUCCAGUUAGUAGUCUUCGCCAACAGUCAGGUACAAAUUUUUUUCGUUUUUUUCUUGUUUUCAGUUAACAUAUUGUAAGUAUUCAGUCACAUAGCAGUACUAAGUCUACGAGUAGACGGCCACAUCAUUGGAAAAUAUAAAUACCAGAUCGUAAUUUUUCGUAAGUAAUCUAAUUUCAUUGGAAAGAAAAUUGCUGAGUGUAGAAGUGCUGUAAGAAAAACAACAACAACAACAACAAAAAAACGAUUGUUCAUCUUCUCAGAGAGAAAACUGUGCUAAUAAAACGUAUCUUAACGAACACGUCAACAGCAUUUUGUUUUACUAGGAAGCUAUGAAAAAGUUCCUUAGCAGGUCGAAUCCUGCGCUACAAAGGGGAGUUAUUACCAUCCUUUUUUCGCGGCACAAGAUUGGGUUUUGAUUUUUUCUUAGAGGAUAUUUUUUCCUAUUUUUGUAGCGCACAUUGCUUUCUUUGCUGUAAGACAAAGUUAUAAAGCUUGUGUAAUUCCCCAUCCUUCAAUUAUAAAAUCAUGUUGAUCCCUUUAAGUAAGACAGAGUCUAAAAAUUGAAAAUUAUUUGCUCAUUUACAACUCACGAAAAGUUUAAACGGUUGAUCCAAGCAAUUAUAAGCUAAUAAUUCCGAAAAUAAUGAUCUUUGUGGAGAAAAUAUCAAUCGAUGUUCAUAUAAACAACUUUCUAGCUCAUGUAGAGUAGUUUAACGGCUACUUUUUCGCAGGCGCACUGUGGAAAUUGUUAUGUUGUAAAAGCCAUCGAUAGUGAGAACUUCAUGUUCUAUUCAUUAAAGAAACCAACCAUACAGUUCGUAUACUUCAAGAGGAAUUUAGUUCGUACUAAUUUUCAAUGCAAGAACUGGUUUUUAGUGAACGAGCUCCGUGAAAGGCAAACCCGCAGUACACUGUGAUGCUUUAGUAGGAUUGCACGUCAAGUCGACUGGACAUCGGGGCAUUAACUUCCCUUGAAUGUAGCUCACAUAAUGAAUGCUAACCUUCGCCAUUACGAGGAAUCACACGAAAGACAACAGGAAUUAUUUCAUUUGCUGCUACAGUGCAAGCCCUUUGGGAUUCUUAAUAAGCCAUUCCUAGGAUUGAGAGCAAUGCGUGCAUCCUUAGAGGUCUUGGGACCCUUUUUUGGUCUUGAAAUUCAUCUUUUCAGAUUAUCUUAUCACCACCAUCUUUUAAAUAUAAUUUGUCGUAUCAUUAUAUUCGUCUUAAAUCUCACUUACCCAACCAUGUUUAGUAAAACCAGGUUUGCCUGAAAGAAACCCACCAACUUAAGUUGUCAAUGUGCAAUAUUUUGAAGUCGAAAACAUCACUUUUCGUAUCAGGAAAAUACUGUCAGUACUAUUUAUUGUAUUUAUGUAUGUGUGUUCAUGCAUUCUAAUCGCUAUAAGAUUUUUUACCGAGGUAUUGAGGCUAUCAUAAUGUAGUUAGAGUAAGGACGUCAUAAAUAUGCGUAACGCAAUGAUAUUUGUAGUCGUCUGACGUGAGGUGCUGCCGGAAUUACAUUAAACGUGAAGGAAAGCACAAAAUAUCAUUUAUAAUAAUCAAGGAUAUACAAAAAACAAAAAUAUAAUGGAAAGGAAACACUUAAACGGAACGGCAAGCUUGGAGGUAUCUACACGGAUUACAAUUAAUGAUCGAGAGGUUUAAGUUUUCAACUUCCACUUAUUGUACUCGAAGUUACAUUGUAAGAAGAACAGUGCUGCUCUCAGCACCAACACCGGUCCAAUAUGUGCCUCAUCCUAAUAUUUCAUUGUUUUCAGAUGAAAAUGUUUUGCUCCGAAAUAUAAACAGGGAAGGCAAUGUACAACUUUUCGAAACCGGAACUAUAAGUACUGGGUCUUUCGAAAAUCUGGCCCUACCUCACGUCCAUUUUACCUUCUUAAAUUUUCACAGAAUGUCAGCUACUCUUUACAGACGAAAGGGCCGAAGAGCGCUUGAAAUUCUUCCCAUCUAAAACAUCUCUUGAAAAAGAGGUAGCAGUUCCCGCCAACCGGAGUUGUGCCUUUUACUACGGAGAUAAGUUUUUUGUCCAUUAUCUUGGUUGUGAAGGUUCAUGGAAACCGAUUACAGCACAAAACGUGCUUAACACUAUAGAACUGACUCCUAGUUGGUCAACCACUGUUCUCAAGAUAAGGGUGAGUUUAGUAUGUGAAAUGACAAUGAUGUCGAACUAAGGAACGAGCCAUUAUUUAUUGCCAAGAGCCAGGAAAGGGAGUGGGGUUGAGGACUUUUUUGUGGGGGGAUCACAUGGUUUUCAGGGAAACGGAGGGGGAUCAGUCGUCAGAGAGACUACAGAAUUGACCGCCAAUGAAUUGCCAAGAGGGGAGAUCGGACGAAUUUUAGAGAGGUUUAUGGGCGAUCAGGUAAAUUCGAUCGUGACACAGCCAAAAUCCUCCAAACCCUCCUUACCCCCCCCCCCCCCGGCGAGCGAUAAAUGAUUGUUCCCUCAUGCAAAUUAAUGUUUCUUACGCUACUUUCACUGAUAUUUCUUCAAUUAAUCUGAAUUCUUUGUCACUGAUUCGGGUUGUUCGUAUUGUAAAAAAAUAAUUGUUUUUUUCUUAUAAGACAAGUUAGUAAUAAAAGACUUAGAGCAGGGGAAGCAGGGGCUUAUGGGACCACCCCUUCGUAGAAUGUAAUGUACAGUAAUAAAAUAACCUUCCUUUAGGACCUUUAGCGAUCUGUAUUUACCUCCUUUCUAGAAUUUUUCCAGUUUUGAAACGGCAAUUUCUUAUUCUUUUGGCCUAAAGAUAUAUCUCAGUAUAUCUUAAGGCAUCUCAGCAUUCAUGGGUUUGCGAAUGAAUGUUUCUUACGCUAAUACCUUUCUUCAGUCAAUCUGCUACUCUGAUUAAAUAAAUACAUUCUCGAUCACAAUUUCAUUUUCAGAUCAAAGCUGGAUCGACGCUUUUCGCAAAUUUAACAGCUGGCCAUCUCGUGAGAGUUCCGAUUCAGUGCCGUAGAGAAAACUCUGAGGAUGAUCUCUCAAGCUCUUGCAUCGUGUUCAUGGGCGAAGGAACUGUUGAAUGUAAGGUGUCAUAUGAAAACGAAAGCGUAUCCUGGACGUAUCCUGUCUUUGUUGUAGUUUUUGGAAAAAGCUGAUGACUAAAACACAAAACGCGAUUUCUUUGUCACUGAUUCGGGUUGUUCGUAUUGUAUAAAAUACUGUUUCUCUUAUAUGGCAAAUUAGCUCAAAGACCUGAAGCAGGGAAAGCAGGGGCUUAUAGGACCGCCAUAUUGUAAAAUGUAAUGUGCAGUAAUAAAAUAACCUUCCUUUAGGAACUCCUUCCUUCUCGAUAUUCUUUUUUUCUAGACCCCAAUAAGAUGGGAGCAAUGCCUUUUCUUCUACUAAUAAGAUCCAUACCCAGAGGCACUUCAGUUAAAAAAAAGAAAAUGGCGUGGCUUUGUGGAGCAAGUCAUGGCCUUUUUAAUUUGCUUAAUUUUUCUUUGUCCUUUUUUUAUUAGGUCUAUAUCCUAGGCCAACUCUGGCACCAGGUUUCAACCAGGCGACUUUGCCAGCACCAGUUCUAGAAAGACUAAAUUCUACAGCAACCCUUCCAACUGUGAAGACCAGGACUUCAAAGACCGUAACUAUGGCCGAGACUACUAGAGGCCCUUCUCCAACAAAAGAAACCACGCAACCGCGACAAACUGAAAAAGCAACGACUGCGCCAACAACAUCUCAGGUAGGCUAUGUUACAUUAUAUCAAACAGAAAGCAGUUAUUCUUAGGUACAUUUAAAAGGAAAUAGAUUCAAGAAAAAGCACAUGACCAGAACCCCAGAAGAAAUUUUUUGUGCUAAAGGAUAAGGGAGCCUUCAAAUACUGUGGAGCCGAGUAAGGUUCUUCUAUUUCCUGGGAAUAACCAUAUUCUAUAUUCAUUUCAGAGCGCGAGAACAACGCCACCUCAAACUGAGCAGGUAUGGUAAAUUAAAUUAUUUCUAUAACGUAAUUAUCCGUAUUCACACCUUCUGCGAGAAUCGAAAAGAGACUGCUGCUCAGUUUUGACUAAACAACAUGCCCGUCGUAAAUAUAUGUCCCUGGAAUCAGUUUCACGCGAUAAGACACGGGCUCAAAUUUCUAUAAGUCUACAAAGAAAGUCUACAGGACUUGCGUCUUCUUAUAUGUAAUGAUUGUCAUUUCCUAUGCGUAAUUCAAGGAUUAUAUAUCGAAAGCAAUUUCUUCCACGUGUGCAUCGAUCUCUCUUUGUCAUCGACCUUUCGUAUUCAACGACCUCGCACCGACCUAACUCUUGUCAUGUAUACAGUAAGCCAAAGCUCCAGUCGGGGAAAGCUCCACUUUGGUAAUUUCGUUUUCUUUUGUUAUGUUCGGUUUGUACAUUUAGCCAUCACAGGGGGAGACAGCUCAAAGAACGCAGAGCAAAAAGAACACUUACAUCAUAGCUGGAUCUGUAGCUGGAGGAAUUCUCUUAAUAGCCUUAAUACUGCUUAUCUUAUGGCGCUGCAACAGUCCCAAGUAAGGCUACAUAAUAGAUAACAACACGUUACUCGUUAGAGCACGAGCUGAGACAAAGAAAUCAACUGAGUAACCCAAGAGGAACGGAUCCCAAUCCGAUACCCCACCAAUGAGCUGUAGAGAACUCGUUGGCGAGCUUCCUGCAUACCUAGUGUAAGAUCACUACGACUGCAGCUGAACUGAACCGUGAAUCUAAACUUUCAUCACCUAUACACUAAGACAAAUUAAAAAGUUCGUGUCUCUUUUUAUGAAUGGUUCUUUCACAUUCAUCCUUACACAGCGUGAUGGGCAGUGCCAUUGCCAAAACCAAUUUCUCACUGACUUUUAUUUGAAUGAAAUGUUUAGGAGGUUUAUAAGGGUGUAUUAAAAAACCAUGUUACCUUUUACCACCGAGAGUUUAAUAAAGAAUAGAAUACUCCACCUUUCGGCAGAAUAAAAUCAAUGUUAUCACAAAUAGAAACGGAACACUCUGCAAGCAACUGUUUCAUAGCGUUACUUUUGAAUGCAAUAAUGUCCCUUCUUUUUUUACAUUCAGGAAACAACCAAAUUCGCAUCGUCGUUUAGAAGGUAAGUUAAUUUGUAACAACUCUAUCACAAUAAAACAAGACCUUUGACGAAAUAUACUUCACUUAUUUCAGCUUUGUGAUUUUAUCAAAAAAAAAAAAAAAACUGGGGAAACACCUCGAAAGUGUCAUUACACUGAUACGUUUGAUCGUCGUCAGGACAUAUUUAUAAGACAUGCUCUUUACACAACAGAUCUGUUCAUAAAGACUAAGUCCACCCACUUGUUUUAUUUUAGGGUCGAUUACCAGCCCCGUGUCUCACGUGAGUAUACAACUGUGGAUUUUAUCACAAAUCUUUCGUUCCUGUCAGAAGAUCAAAUUGAGCAUGCAUUGUUCAGUUAAGUCGAAAAAUAUUAUUGUUGAACGUGUAGGGCUUAAAAAUUGUUACUGUUUCUCUUUUAGAUGAGUCGACAUUCAAUUCCUGUCUAUUCGGAUGCUUCUUAUCUCUCUCCAUUAGGGACCUUCGACGAAAGGACGAGGAGCUUGGGUAGGUAAUAUGUAAGGCUUGUAGGGAUAACGCAGAAUUCGUUACAAUGUAUCAAGGUGUGCGCUUUUAGAAGAGAACAGCUUGUGUUUUUUUUUCUCUCUAGCACCAAACUGAAACUCCACGCAGAUGAACGCAUUUUACGCUAGAUUCUGUUACCGGAACUCUCUUUUUAUUUCUUUGUUUUAUUUCAUCCUCCAGAUAACCCCGUUUAUCGCGAGGGCUCAGAAGGGCUAUUUGUGUCGGGCUUGGACAUGAAACGAGGGUCUAUCUACUCAGAUCAUUACCCCACAAACCCUCCUCCCAGGCCUCCACCAGGAUCUUCAAAGCGCGGUAGCAUGAACGGACAAGUGAACCCAGCUUUGGCGCUAAGAGAAGAAUAUGUGACAAUGAAUCCACUGUAUGAAGGACAGGUGAUGCACCACAAAGAUCUUGAAGAGCUGAACUGCAGCGACUUUGGAGUCAGCGCCGAUCAAGUUGUUCUCGAUACGAGAAAGGAUCCUGAAGGUAAUAUGAGCAAACCCGAUGUUGCGCAACAACUAGUGAAGGGGUAAUUGACCUAUCACCACUGGUGCGCGCUUCAUGAGUCUUGAAGCCAAUAAAACCAGCCUGGCAUUACCAGCCAUUCAACUUUCGCAAGCAAACUUAAAGUACACAACUAAUAAACAACUCCUCUGACCUUAAAUGGCUAUCGCCUAUAUGGCUGAAACGUCAGUAACUUUCACGGUCAACAGCACUCGUUUAUGACACUGCAGAAAAAUGCUACUAAAUCAUAGUAUCAUCCUUAUGAGUGACCAUCACACAAAACGUACUGAGUAAUAUUUUUAUCUUUAUCCAGAGUUCAACGACGACACCUAUGACUGUCCAGGAGACAUCUUGAAUUCUAGAUCCGAAGCAAGAGCAUCACCGAUCCCCGUUUUUUAUGCCCUGGACGAAUCAUACCCGGACAGCAUCUCCAAUACCUUCCACAGAGACAGCACUUUCAGAGGGCGUCCAGAUGGACGCGUGUAUGAUGAGCCUGAAGGUGACCUUAGGAGAAGCCCUUAUAUUGUUAUGGACAAUCAGAGAGGUAGUGACCCUUUUACCUAGCCGUAGACCUAUAACUGUUUAAACGAUCCUCGUUUGCGGGAACACACUUGGGACUAAGACAAGUUUCACAUGAAUGGAUUGAGAGGCGUAAAUUACAUUGAGAUAAUGGAUAUUAUUGAAAAAUAACCAUGGGAACAAAGUUUGCAUCCACCCAGUGGUGAUCCGAAAGUAUAACAAUAAUACUGCUAUAAAUUUCAAUAGAUGGCUGAUAUCAUUUGACAGGCAGUAUACAACUACAACGACAAUAUCCCCGAUAAAUAACAACAAACAAACGGAAUUGCACGUCUCACAAGGGUAUAGAAUAGCGAAGUAUCAUCUUGCAAAAUCUCUUGAUUCAUUCUUUUAGACAGGACGACUUUCUCCAGUAGGUCGAUAUGAACAAUUGGCUAUUACGAAUUUCUCAUGACGCCUCAUGUGUCUGAGUGUCGUGUGAACCACAAUAGAAUGAGUUGUUUUAAGGAAAGGGGGGGUCUGCAGAAAGGUGGAUGGACGUAAAUAUGAACGGGAUUUCAUCUCGGCCCGGAAACAGCCGCUGAAUAGUAAGGGUGUGUUGUUUACAUAAAUUAUGACUUUUCUCAUACUUUUUGUUUAAUUUCAUCGAAGGUGUAAUCUACUCUCAUGACUAUGACGAGCCACCCCGCGAUGAGGAACUGCUGAGUAUCCGCAGGCUAAGUUCUCCAACUCAUGGCAUCUUGAAGACUGGGAACGGGUCACCAAGCACAAAAUACCUUCCUCGAUCGGGGCACUGAGCAUUUCAAUAUGUUAAUUGAAACAACCUCGACCUGACAACCUGUUUGAAGGUAGAGGCCUUCAGAGUAGUUUUUUUUCCUCGCCACCAACCCAAUAAGGCGCAAUCUCCUUCUUAAGAGAUCCUGCAGUAUACGAGUUAAUUCUUAAAUGAGCCAUACAUAAUUGAUAUAAUUACUAAGACCUAAAUUUUGAUCGGGCAUGUAUAAUUCCGAAGAAACCAGUUUCCGCCCGCCCGCGAUAGAAAUCUUCCAAACAGAAACAAGCUUUAGAGGGUUAGAACUAUCUAAUCUUCCUUAAGAGGCUCUGCUUCGUCUAGCCAAUGUGUGGGUUAACAAUUAGACUAUCUUCUUGAUAGGAGACGAACGACGUAGUUUGUUUUUCGUUGUUGUUCUGAAGACUCAACACUAUGAUGAGACUACUGCUUAAGGAGCACUCCUGUUGCUGCUGCUUAUUUGACACUCCUGAACCUUCCUUGUGAAUCAUAUUAUAUUUUUACACUCAUUUGCGAAAUUGUCUGGUAAAUAGGUAGUGCAUAAUGAGUUUGAGAAAUAAAUAUUUGAUUGAAAAAUGGUUAGCUUCGUUUAGAACCUAU